UCAAGAGGUGAUUAGUCGAUUUGACGGCGAUCUAAGCUUCCAACAGCUUUACCAGAUAACUGGAUCAUGCGUUGGAGCAGGCCAAUUCCUAGUAUAUUUCAUGCUAUUUUUCCAACGGGCCAAAACUACGGAAUUCGAGUCCAGAAUUACAGUCUUUUGGCUAACGGUAGAUCAAUCUUGUCUAAAAAACCAGUACGAGAUGUUCAUCCCAAGAAACCCGCUAGAACAAGAUUUGCACCAUCUCCUACGGGCAAGCUGCAUUUGGGAUCUUUAAGGACAGCUCUAUACAACUUUUUACUUGCAAAGAGCACCGGUGGUCAGUUUCUACUGCGGUUAGAAGAUACAGAUCAGACCAGAUUGGUCCCUGGUGCAGAACAAAACAUUUAUGACUCACUCGCGUGGUGUGGUAUCUCUUACGAUGAAGGUCCCCACGUAAAUGAAGGUCAAUACGGGCCGUUUCGGCAAAGUGAUAGAACAGAAAUAUAUCGUGAUUACAGCGAAAGACUGCUAAAUACAGGACAUGCAUAUCGAUGCUUUUGCUCGAAAGAAAGACUAGAUGGCCUGCGGGAAAGUGCUCAAAGGCUUCGUCCACCAGCCACUUCUAGCUACGAUAGACGGUGUGCGCAUCUCUCUGAAUCAGAAGUUCAGGAAAAGCUGCAGCAACAUGUGCCCUUCACGGUACGAUUAAAGUCCCCCGAUCGAUACCCGCCAUUCCAGGAUCUCUUGCACGGUGCGGUCAAUGUGCAGCCGCAGAUAAACGUCAAUGACAGACGCUACGACGAUCCUAUUCUUGUUAAGUCCGACUUGUUCCCCACCUACCAUUUCGCAAAUGUAGUUGACGACCAUUUAAUGAAGAUCACGCAUGUGGUUCGUGGUGAAGAGUGGCUACCUUCGACGCCUAAACAUAUUGCCCUGUACCAGGCAUUUGGAUGGACGCCGCCUGAAUUUAUUCAUAUUCCGUUGUUGACGUCGUUGAGCGACAAAAAGCUAAGCAAAAGACGUGGCGACGCGGACGUGCUUGCUCUCAAAGAACGAGGCGUGUUGCCUGAGGCCCUGGUCAAUUUCAGCGUACUUUUUGGAUGGUCGCCGCCUCGUGAGGAAGCAGCAAAGACCCAUGAAUGUUUUCAUCUCUCAGAACUGGUAAAACUAUUUGAUCUGAAUAAUUUGACCAAAGGUAACGCCAAGGUGGAUGAAAAGAAGCUGUGGUUUUUCAACAAGCAUUACUUAUCUGAGAGAUUGCAGGAUCCCGAACAACUAGACCGCAUUGUUGCGGAACUUCACGCGAAGAUGCACGGGACGCCGGCCGGAGUAGAUAAGUCCCGGAUCAAAGAGGCUCUGGUCCUCGUUGGUAACUCCUUGACAAAGAUAGAUGACCUGUUUUCUGAAUUCUAUUUCCUUUUCGAGAAACCCAAGUAUGAAAACAAUCUGCAUGUCACUAAAUUUAUGCAACGACAGAAUCUUAAAGAAGUCCGCGUAAUCCUCCAGGGCCUCGACAACUGUUUAACUGAAUCUGACGACAUCUCAGCGCAUAUCGAUCGGAUUUCAACCGAUACAGGUGUCCGUAAGGGUGCGGUGUUUGAAGUUGCACGUUUUGCCCUCGCCGGGUCGAUUCCAGGCUUAAAAAUACCGUAUUUGGCUCAAUUUUUGGGCUAUAAAGAAACCAGAUCCAGGGUCAAAGAAGCUCUAAUUCGAUUACAAUUGGUUAAU